AUGAACAAUUUCAAUGAUACUUCCGAGAUGGAUCAGAUUGACAUUGAUAGUCUCCUCAAUGAUGGUGGAAGUGAGUCAUUCAAUGUGACUGAUAGAGAACUCCUGAAUCUAAUGGCUCAGGAUCAAAUGACUCCUUUGCCUGAAGGAGCAGAAGCUGAAGCGUCCAUGGGAGGAUAUGGUCAGUUGAAUUUGGGAUCCAACACAUCCAUUGAUCAAUUGGUGAGUAUGCCAUUGGGACGAUUGGCUGGUUCCGUCGAUUCUAUUAAUGAUGAAUUCCAAGAUCAGCAGCAAUCAUCGCGAGACUUGGAACCAGAUCCGUUAAUGAUGAGCAACAACAGUCAGAGAAGUAACAACAGCAGCAACAACAACAACAUGAACAACCUUAUGGGACAUCAACCACAACUGAAUAUCCCGGAGCACAAUCCAAUGAUGAACCAGGGAAUGAACCAAGGGAUGCAUCAGGGAAUGAAUCAGGGGAUGUCACAGAUGAAUCGGGGAAGGAACCAAGGAAUGUCACAGAUGAUGGGGCAGAACAACAAUUUCCAACAGCAGCAGCAGCAGCAGCAACAACAGCCCAUGCCACAACAAGUUGAUGAUAGCACAAUAAGAAGGUUGGAAGAGGAAAAGAUGAAACUACUGGCUAAACUCAACGCAAUUAACGAACAGCAAGAUCAAAUGAAUAAUUAUGCUCCAAAUAACAAUAACAUGAUGGGCAUGCAGCAACACCAGCAACAACAACAACAACAGCAACAGCAACAGGGACAAAUGUCUCAAGAGCAAAUGCUCAUGAUGAUGCAACAGCAACUGAAUAUGCAGCAGCAACAACAACAGCAGCAGGUGUCACCAAAGAUGAAUAUACAACCAAAUUCAAUGGCUUCCCUCUUGCAGCAACAACAACAAGCUUUGUCUGGGUCCCAACAAGGACAACGGCAAACCUCUCUCACCACAGCAGUGUCGAACAUGACAGUCAAGGAACCUGGAGAAUCACCAUUAACCAGCUUUUUGAGAGCCAAGGGAGGCGGUGGCGGUGGCGGAGCCAGUGCCUUGUCGGCAGCCGGUAUCAAAGGAACUUCAGCCUCUGUCUUUUCUGCUUCGUCUGGAGUUUCAGUGGACCCUUUUAACAAGGGUCGGGGCAAGUUGACUGGGGCCAUGGAUCGAUCCCUUCAGACUCAAUCCAUGCUCAAGCAACUAGCCAUCAGCAAGAACAGCGGCAAGGGUCAAGACGCGAGUGGUGGAAGAGGUGGCAAUGCGCAAUGGGGAGCAGGUGCUGCUGGCAGCGGUAAAUCAUCCAAUGCCUACAAAUAUUCAGGUAUUCUACCCAAACACGUCUCGGACGGCCAUUUGUUGCGAGCAGGAGGACGAAGUUCAGGUAUGUAUCGAGCGGGUUCCAAGACAUCUGUGAGCAAGGACAAGCUGCUAUAUGGUCUUGGUCGAAGCAAGGGGCGAACAGGAUCGCAAAGCAAGGAGCAAAUCCACAAUUUAACGAGGAAGGGGAGCCACAACAAGUUGAGCAAUUCGGCACUGAAUCGUAUGCCAGAAAGUUCCGUACCACAUAGAGCACGGCAAUCAAAUGCCUCCAAGUACAAGUUUGGAAGCAUGGGCAAUUUGGGUUCAAUGGGAAACUUGGGUUCAUUAGGAAACUUGGACUCGAUUCUACAGCUGCAAAAUGCUCAGCACCGAGGGAACUACCAACAAGGUGGUGGAGGAGUUGGUGGUGGUGGAAAUUACCAAGGAAAUGCGCAAUGGUGA